AUGUCCAAACUAAUCAUCAUCAGCGCUGAUAAUGUUCCAUCUGUAGUGUUUCCUACCGAAGAUGCACACGCGAUGGAAUCGUCGUACCACGUGAGCUACGUAGGAAACAACAACGGGAUUAACGAACGUACCAAGCAAUCUCAGAAACUUCUCCACUACUGUCCCAAGUGUCUGCGCAGCUUUACCUUAAAGAGCAAUCGCAAUCGUCAUCUCAGAUACGAGUGCGGCUAUGAACCUAGAUUCAAGUGUCCUUAUUGCGAGCUGCGUAGCAAGCAGACGUCGCACAUCUACUGUCACAUUAGGAAGAAACAUCCUGCGGAAAAAGUUUACGUCGUUGACUUAAAGUCGAAGUCCGGCGGGGGUUUGAGCGUGAGAGAGUUGUAUCGGCGCGGCGGUGGACGUCGGGGAAGACGCGGUGGCCAAAAUCACGUGUGUCCGAAAUGCGGCAACGGUUACAUGGUGAUCAAAAGUCUUAGGCGACACAUGCGCUACGAGUGCGGCCAACGUCCAAGAUUCACGUGUCCGUACUGCGGCGCUCGUAGCAAGCAGCGGAAUCACAUCAGGCGGCACAUUAUGAGGAAGCACUACGACACAAAGACGAUCGAGCUGGAAACCAAUCUCUCGUCAAUGUUGGGCAUGUGCACGGUGCUGAUGAAAGAGUCCGAGAGCUUCGAUCACGAGGAAGAGAAGCCGCUGAGCACGAAGAGACGUCGGAGCGGAACCGACAUCGAGAGGCACACGUGCUCGCGGUGUUUUAAAAGCUACGUGCACGCGUGGCAUCUAAACAGGCACACAAAGUUCGAGUGUGGUCAGGAGCCGAGGGUCCAGUGUCCUUACUGCUCCGCCAAGAUGAAGCAGCGCGGUCACGUUUACAGGCACAUCCGUCAGUGCCAUCGGGGCCAGAACGUUUACGUGAUCGAUCUUAACUAA